GUUUCCUGCAGCAUAUUCCCGACCCCAGAGCAGCAGAUGGCCACGUCUCUGAAACCAGUGGCCCACAACAGUGGCGGCUCUCUUCCCGACCUGACCAACAUCCAGUUUCCUCCUCCUCUGCCUACCCCGCUGGACUCAGACGACACUGCGGCCGCCUCGUUCGGCUCUGCCGGCAGCACUCAGACUCCAGGAGGGAACACCUCUCAGCCAACAGUAACCAUGGAAAUGGAGCCUGGCCAGGAGAACAUGGUUCCUCUCAUUCUGAAUGCAGGAGACUCACACCAGCAGCAGAGCCUACAACUCUCCCAAACUUCUCCACCACUUCCUCUAUCCCAGGCGGCCAUCAGUGCUAUGAAUCUUGAACAACAGUUGUCCCAGUAUUCUUUCAUCAAUCAGCAGUCAAUGCCCCAGACACACCAGAACCAGCAACAGACGGGUCUAGUCCAGCUGCCGUCUUCUGUGAACUCCUGCCCUACGUCAGACAACAAGACAUCUGCACAAACUAACAUGACCAUCGACAUGAAUGCGGCUGCCUCCCUGCAGCAGUACCGCCACAGGGUCGGGUCCUCAGCCAAUCAGUCUCCAACCUCUCCUGUCUCCAAUCAAGGCUUCUCACCCGGAGGCUCACCUCAACAUAACUCCAUCCUGGGUAGUGUGUUUGCUGACUUCUACGACCAGCAGCUGCCAUCCAUUCAGGCCAGCGUUCUCUCACAACAGUUGGAGCAGUUCAACAUGAUGGAGACCCCCAUAAGCUCUGACGGCCUGUACAGCCAGACCUCCACCCUCAACUACUCCCAGGCUCUUAUGAUGGGUUUGACCGGCCACUGCAACCUUCAGGACUCCCAGCAGCUGGGCUACAGUAGCCAUGGCAACAUCCCCAACAUCAUUCUGACAGUGAGUGGAGAGUCUCCUCCGAACCUCCCCAAGGACCUGACCAGCUCACUGUCCACAGACAUCGGCUUCGACGUGGACUCCCAGUUCCCACUGGAUGAUUUAAAAAUCGACCCUCUGACUCUGGAUGGCCUGCACAUGCUGAACGACCCGGACAUGAUUCUCGCCGACCCCGCCACAGAGGACGCAUUUCGCCUCGACCGCCUCUAGUUCUUGCUCUCCAUCGCUCACGUACCUGAACUGGGCCGUCCAGCACUUCUGCCUGAGCAGAGCAAGCGAUUCCACUCAAUCGAACCCCUGACUGUGAGUUUUUCAAAAACAAAACAAAACGAAAAAAAUCCUAUGUGGGAAAUUGCAUGGAGAAGCUCGAAGACUGCUUCUAGCUUCUGGCAUAGGGUAAUCUCUAGAUGGCUUAGUCUCUAUAUUCACCAUUCGGGUCGCUUUUUAACACCAGGCUAACUGUUUGAGGUAGCCGGACGGCAGCAGAGACAGCCUGGUGACUAGCUACAGUUAAAACAAUCAGCAUAUUCCAGUCCAGCUGCCUGAGUAUUUUGUUGAUUUAGAGAAAAUCCAGAAAAGGUAGACUUCUCUCAGUCUAGCUUGGGUUUUGUGCUUUCAUCUUGACGGUUUGUGAUAUAUGUAUGCCCCAAGAGGCACAAAGUCAUCACUUUAUUUUUAGGCUAUUUCUGAGAAUGGAUUUUAUCAAAGGGAAUAGGAGUCAUCAUUUAUGCAUGAAAUCAUAAAUCACUGUGGAUACUUGUUUUGCCUUAAAAGCUUGACGUUUUGGUUUUCAUUGCAAAAAGAUAAACAACAAAAAAAAGCUAAGAAGAAAUUUUUACGGAGUUACAAGUUGCUUGUCCUGCAUAAUUUACCGUUGUGUUGUCACUACUGCCUCAUAAGUCAGAACCUAACUGCGGAUCCGCUCAGUCUUGGUGAAGAAAACAAUGUUUACAGACUCGUUCUGCUUUACUUGUACAGAAUGUGGUUGGAUUUUUGCGUAAUGAUAUCUAUGCAAAACUACGGUGACUGGGAGGACUGGAACGUGGGAACUGGUUGAAGGCAGAGUCGGGGGUUCCUCUGGAACGCACGUGAAUGUCUUUCAACAAACAUUUCUCUUUCAUUUUAAGGUCAAAUAUGGAAUAAAAUAGAGUAAGCAUGGCUGUCGCUGGACAUUCCUGGAUUCCUCCCAAAGAUGGGACCUCAGUGGGUGAAACCUAUUUUUCCAGUCAGCUGAACUGCCAAACAGCACUGUUGAUGCACUGAGAAUGUACUUAGUUUACAUCUGUGUGGUUGUGAUGCUGUCAUUUUGUUAUCCUCAUUCCCUCCUUUUCUAUUUUUUUGCUAUCUGUAGAGCCAAACACCUUCCACCUGUUACUUUAAGCACACAUCUGAGUUUGGUUGUUUUCCUGCCAUGUUUAUGUUGUUUUUGUCUUUAAUUCAUCUUUCUGCUGUUGAGGUUUGUCUUGAUGAAGUCUUGAUGUCCUUUUAGGUGGGUGGUUUCCCUCACUUUGUUCACUAUGUUCCAUAUCUUUUUUGCACUUUAUGCUUUCAUUCGAAAACACAGAUUCAAGAGUUUCUAUAUGGAGCGCCCCAUCCUGUGACUGUUAAAUGAACUGGACCUGUUUGAUCUGUCUUUGUUCAAACCUGCCUUCUUGUACAGACAAAGGAGAAAAAAAAGAGGAAAAACCCAAAAAGCUAAAUUAAAAUUAUUUUUGAAAAACAAUAAAAUCAGGAUAGUUUAUACAAAUGUGUUUUUACUCAACUAGGUUGUAUUUUAGAAUUCCUGUGUUUAAGCAUUUGGUCACUGCAGCAGAUUCUUCUGCUACAGUCAGAGGGCCUGGGAUAUUGACAAUAAUAAUCACACAGUAGAGAUGGAAAUAAAUAUGUAUCAUAAAUACAUUUAGGGAUGCACAAUAUUUUAUGUUGUUUCUACGUCUGGUUUAAGCAAGAGAUGCACCAAUCAUUGUGUUCUGACUGGAUACCGAUCUCUGGUUUUGUGAAGCUUUGAGCUGCCAAAAGGAAUGUAACAAUUUCUCAUUUCUAUUCAGGAUCUAUGGAGUAUAGUAUAAUAAACUGCCAUUAUAGCUCCAAUGUCUGGACUGGUCAUUUUCAGAGUUGGGUAAUGAAGUUGGAGUAACAUUACUUCAACUUAUUUUCAAUCUGCAAAAGUGAAAACUAGUGACGUAAGUAAGAGUAUACAAUCUAAAUAUUUUCUAUGGUUUUAAGCUUUAAAAUUUCAUAUUUUCCAACACUUCUUUGUGCAUCUCUAGUUUAAAUCUACAUCUUGACAUUAGCUGAGGCUGCUUUUGACCAUUUCAGAAUAAUUUGGUAUAUUAAAAUAGGUAGUCUAUAGGUUUGGUCUAAAAUGUUGAAGUGCUAAGCUGAAAAUGAAGCUGGAUGUAUAGGUAUCCAGGAUCUGAGCCAGAAAAUCAGUCCAGGUGAAAUUUGUUUGAGAAUAAAAACAGGCUCUUUUCUUGGUCACUAUGUUGGGUCACUUUUAGCCAGUG